GUUUAUAGGUGUGAAAUGUAUUUGAUAUUAAACCAGAGUCAUUAUUCAUUUUAACAUUAAAAAAUUUUAUAAUACGAUGGCCAGUUCUAUCAAGCAAUCUUUUGAAAUGCCGAUGGGUCAAAGUUAUCUAAAUAAACCUGAAAUAGACGAAGACAUUCCUAGAAAUCCUUUAAUUUGUGGCUUAUGCCAUGAUUACUACAAAGAUCCACGUCUUCUGAUUUGCUACCAUACAUUCUGCUUUAAUUGUAUUUCAGAUGGUACACAGAUUAAAAUAUGUUGUCCAAUUUGUGGGCAGUUGACUGAAUUUUCGGAUGACGUAAAAGAACCUCCAAAAGAUGUAUUAAUGAAGACACUUGUAGAAUUUGCUAAUGCAGAAAACCCACAAUGUGCAAACUGCGACAAACGGGAUAAAAAUGAAAUGUUCUUCUGUGCUACUUGUGGACAAGCAUUAUGUACAAAUUGUAGAGAUAAAACACAUCAAGCAAAAAUGUUCUCAAGACAUCAAAUACUGGUAAUGGAUAAGCGCUUAAGAGAUAAUCAAAAGCGAUGUUUAGCUCACGGAGAAGUUUACAUAAUGUUUAAUCAAAGUGAUCAAGUGAUGCUAUGUGCAACUUGUUUUCGAGAAAUGUCACCUGAUACACGAUUACAUUGCAUUGAUAUCAAUUCGGCUUGGCAACGAAUAUCUGAAAAAAUGAAACGGGCUAUUAAUUCUAUGUGUGAAAUACAAACAGAGAUGCAUAAGGAAAUUCAAGAUCUGAAAUCUCAACAAGAUAAUCUUCAAUGCAAUAUGAAUGUUACUAAAUUAAAGCUUGAUACUUAUGUUAAGGAUUUAAAGAAAGCAGUAGACAAGACUCAUGAUGCAGUCAUGAAUGGACUUUUACAUGAAUUCCAGGACAAACAAGGCUCAAUGCAAUCAAGGGUUGCUUCUUUGACUAGCAUUCUUCCCAUACUUAAAAUGCAUUUAGGAUUGUGCAUUUCUUUCAUGUCAACUGCUGAUAAGUAUCAGUUCUUAGAAUUAGCCCAUACUGUGUUGGAACGGUUAAAUCGGGUAGGACAGUUGGGACAUUUUCCACAAAUACCUAUUAUUCUUACAAGCCAAAAUGAUAAAUUCAAAAUUGAAUUUAUGAAUGCUUUAUAUCCUUUCAUAUCUCAUUUUGACUCAGAUACGGAUAUGGAAACACACUUUCAUCAAUAUGAAAAAAAGCAAAAUCAAAAACAAUCUAAAAUACAUACUCUACGAAUGAAACAGAUGGAAUGUGAUGCUCAUCCGACAUCUAAGGUUGUUCCAGAACCAGGAAGAUUUAAUAAUCAUUGUAAAAAUUUUGAUAUUCAACUUCAAAAAGUCAAUGAACUACUUAGACUAAUCAAAGAGCGUGUUUGUGAAUUGAACCGAGAUAUAGCUGUGAAAUAUCAAUUAAAUAUUUCAAUUUUAGAAAAACAUUAUGAUGCUAUUCUACGUGAUUGUCAAACAUUAGAUCAACAGUUAGAUAAUCAACAAAUUGAAUUAGAAAGAUUACGAAGUAUUUUCAAUGCACUUUGGGAAGAGCAACUUUGCAGAAUACACUUGGAAAAAGAAGUCUUUCACUCUCAGAUAAAUGAUAUUUCGUCAUUAAAAAAUGAAGUUAAACAGCUUCAAGUUGCAGUUAGCCACAUAGAACCUUUCAUCAAAACCUUUACUCCAACUAUGGAUAUGAGUACAUCCAAUACUUUCACAGACAAUGAAAGUAAUUUGCAUUUACAAAUAUUACUAGAUCAUUUGAUCAAUUUACAAUUUCAAAACAGCUCAUUGAUUCCUAAGUCUUCUAAAGAUAAAGAUGAUACGAAUGCAGUUCAAGCUAUUUUGGAUUCAGGAGGAAAUAUCGUCGUUUACGGGGGAAAAAAUGAACCAAAAAAAAAUACUUAUAAUGAUAAACGAUUAGUUGAAAAUAAAAAUCACGUAAAGAAUGAAGAUCUACCACAUGACUUCACGCAAAUUUCUCAUAAGAAUUUUGAUGCAGCUAAAAUUUCAAAUAUUACUACAUCGGAAACUACUUUCUUUUAUGACGAUUCCAAAAAAAAUAUUCCUCAUUUUUUAUGUGAAAAUCAAAAUCGACAGAAGAAAAAUCAAGACAUUAGACAAACUCGUGGUCUUGGUUUUAUGAUAGACAUGGAAUGUAAAAAUCACAAGUGUUCGGUUGCUGCUUCUGUUUCUUCAUGCAAGAAAAUUGGCGAGAAAAAAAAUCUCUAUGAAGUCAACAGAAGAUCUGUUGUGGCAAUGCGAGCAAAUGGUCUUGGGUUGAAAGGAUUGCAAACCUUUUGUGGAAUAAUGGAUUUACAACAUCCAGUAAAUCAAAAUUCCUAUGAUCUCAUCAACUCAGCCUUUAAGACAGCAUCUGAAAAUAUUGCAAACGAGUCCAUGCAGCAAGCACUCCAAGAAGAAGUUAAACUCACUCCUGAAAAAGAUGAUGGAUUGUCUGUGUCAGGAGAUGGUACAUGGCGCAAACCAGGGUUUACUUCAUUACAAGGUGCUGCAUCUCUAAUUGGUUAUAAAUCUGGAAAAGUAAUAGAUAUUGUUACAAAAAAAGCAUACUGUCAAUCAUGUAAACACUGGGAACAAAAAGAUAAGGAUACUGCAGAGUACCAAGAGUGGUUUGACAUCCAUCAAGAAAGUUGUACGGUUAACCAUACUGGAAGUGCUUGA